AUGACCGAUGUGCGCCCUCGCCAGUCGCCAUGUAGGCAUAGCAUAGGGAUAGAGGUCGCGCCCGCGCUACACGUCCCACGAUGCCAGGAGCUUAGGACACUGGGAACCAGCAGUGCUGCCACCACAUUAUGUCUGAAAACCAUCCGCUUGCAAAUCAACGAUAUAGAUCUGCUCUCAGAAGGCAUCACCACGAUCGUGUGGCCACGGAGAAUUCCAGGCUUCAACGCCUGCCUUACUCGCACGAUCCCCGCCCGACACUACAGACAAAACUUCCCCUCUCGAUCUCGCACGUCGCCCUCUCUUGAUUUUCGGUUUCCAAAAAGAAAUCUCUCUCUGCUUCCUGAUUUCUCGGUGCCUAGAAGGUGCCAGCUUUACCGUCCCGAGUUCAACCCGAUCAAGGAGCACAAGGCCCCUGCGGGAGUUCCUGGACUAGGCCAACAGCGUCCACGCUGCCACCGCCAUCGGCGAUGGCGGCGGCUACUUGGGCAUGGAGUACUGCGAGCGCUAGCGAGAUGGUGGCGCAGACUAGGGAGGUGGAGGUGCUGGGGAACGACCUCUUCGUUGUGGGCAAGGUGCCAGGAGCCCAGGACUGCCGGCGCUGCUCCGCCUCCGUUUGGCCUCUCCCAGGCCGCCGCUGCUCCUGAUGCCUACGCUGGUGGAGGCGAGCCAACAAGGGAUGGAGGCGCUGGUGGGACGGGCGGGGCGGAAGGCAUACCUGGGCUUCAGCACCUAUGUGGGCGUCAUGGAGUUCUACUGACACCUACGCGGGCGGCGUGGAGUCGUACGACGGUGAUGCAGGCUACUUCCUCGAAGGCUCCUCGGCCACUAGCCUCCAGCCAAGCAGCUGCUCUUGCAAACGCAAAACCAAGGCAUCUCGACCACGCCACAGAAGGUAUAUGUUUGGAUUUAGGUUAUAGAAGGGUCUAAAGAGAAAGCCGAUGCCUCUCAUCAAGAGGCUACGCACAGGGGUAAUGCAUUCCCUUCCUCUCUGCGAUUUUGUUUCAUAGAUUACCUGGUUAUCAUGUGUUCUGCAAGUUUAAUGCUGGAUGCUAGAAGGUGCGAUUUUUGUUCUGCUACUCUUUUAAUUGAUCUGCGGUGGUUCUGCAGCUCCAAUGCAAUGGAAAAGGUGGGGACAACUCCCCCACCGAUUACCUAAAAAAAGAAUGUGUGAUUUUUUUAGUCUAGAUGUUCACUGCAUCCUGCACCUAAGGCCUAAGGAUGAUAUGAACAUGUGGAGUUGUCUGGCUUAAUUUUUAGAUUCUGUGAGUGUAGUUUCACAAGUGCUUUUCUCAUAGAAACGAUGGUUAGCAGAAUUGAAAUGGCCCUACUCUGUAUUUUUUUUACUUUUGAUGCUCUAGCAAACCCUGGUUCAGACUUACAGUAGAGAUGGUUGACUUGAGGUGCAUCAAUAAUUUUGCAGCAAACUGUGUUAGAUUAAUAGUAGGAAAUGUAAUAUUUUGCUAAAGUGCAAUGCCAUGCUGACAGCAACUGAAUGCUCUGAAGGUUUCCUGGUUAGAACAACUUGGAAUAAUACUGCGUUCAUGUUGAAGUUAUGAAUAGAGAAACCUUUACCUGAAUAACAUUGGUAAUCUUUAUCGUGAAGCAUAAAAAACAUGCAAGUUCAAGGAACAUCUUAUUAGGAUUUAAAACUUUAGGCAACAGAAACCUUUGGUAGUGGUCUAUCUGCUAAUGAACCAUGGCCAUUUAGGCAACAGAAACCUUUAAAUACGGAUGGUGUAUCUGUUAACGGUUUGUAUAUCGUUCCUGAAACAAAAUUAAUAAUCCUUGUUUGUGUUCAACAAAGUGCAAUAAGUAUGUUCCUUUACCAAAUUAGUAUUGUAUGUUCAUUUGUCUCUCACAAGGUAAAUAGACUCUUUUAUUUUGCCCUUUUCUGUUUCUUUUCUUCAAUCCCAUUCAAAUCAAGACAUGUGAGGUGUAUAGUCAACAGUUAUGAGAAUUCUUUUAUGCAAUUUUUUUUUUCAAGAUUCUGCUCUUGCAAAGAAUUUUCCUAUAUACAUUAGUGUAACUCCUACUAUAGUUUAAGUGAGCCAAAAUAUGUCACCACAAGGUGAGGUCUCGGGCCUACUUUUUAUCUGGAGCCCAAGUAGUUCCAGAGUUCAGACAAUGAUCUCUUGCUACAGAAAAUGUUACCUAGAAAAUGUUACCUAGGUAAAGCCUUGAAAGUGGCGCGAUCUCAGUUUCCAAAUUUAGUCACAUGUUAUAUUUCAUUUUUUAGGAUUUUCUAGCAUCUUUCUUAUGUGCCCUUCUUUUUUUAUAAGAAAAAAAUAAUCUAGGUGGAUACUUGAUGGGAUGGGCUAAUUAGCGUUCAACACGAUUAUAAGCUCGAUGUUUAGCUCUCUUUCGGUUGCAUAUUUAUGAAUCUACAUCUCAGGCUAGAUUUACACUCAUUUGCUUUGUCUUCUCAUAUACAUAUUUCAUUUGGCUGCGACUUUAGGCAAGCAAUUGCUGCUUCUGGUAUGUGUUCCCUAUGUCAAUGAUAAUGCAACUAUUUUGGCUAUCUCAGAAAUUAAAUCAUGUUGUGUAACUUGAGACCAGUGGACAAAGCACUAGCGAAUUAGAAGCUAUAAGGGCACCUUAUGAAGAUAGUGGAGCUUGAAGACCUGAAGCCAUCUUGCUGGCUAGGCAUGUGCUCCUGUAUUUCUCUGUGUAUAUCUUUCUAGCUACUGGUUUGCUAUUGAAGGUGUAGUACUCAAGUAGUUUUCUUUUGGCUGUUGUUGGGUGCAAUACUGGAGUGGUUUUGUCUUGGUUGUCGGUUUGUUAUUGUCAGCAGCAAUACUAAAGUAGUUAAUUGUACACUGUAGGAUUGCAGAGCUGACCUAUAUGACUAGAUGCAAGCAAUGUUUGUUGGUGGGAAUUGUUUAAAUUGCUUUUUGUAAUUGUAAAUAUUUUCUUAAUCUAUGCUUGAUUACUAAAAGAUAUUCAUUGGUUGUUUCAUUUGCAUAGAUGUUCGUGAGAUUUCUUUUUUGUUUCUUUUGUUGACACGUGCAAGUACAGUCUGAUCGAUCAUGAGCUUAGCAGGAAGGUCGGUAGCUGCAAAGCUUAAGAAUUAAGAAGUUUGGAGUGGAGAGAAAUAAAGUUAUGUGUAAAUGUGCAUGUUUUGCCAAUAUGUCAUGUCAAAGACUGAGUGUUGUUUCAACUUUUGUGUCAAGUGUCUUGUUUUGUAAUGGUAUUAUUGUCGAACCCAUGAUAAUAAAGUUGACUUUGGCAAGGUUAGUUCCCGUUGUAAUAUUGGAUCCAAAUCUCUUGAAAUUAUAAGUAUUAUGCAGGUAAAUCAUAUUUUAUUGUUUGAUUAGAAUUACCAAAUGUUACCGUAGCGUUAGUACGGGCAUUAUACUAGUCCAAAUAAUGUCGGCCCUUAGAUUGUGCUGGAGUCUUUGAAAGAGGAUUAGGAGCCAUUGAUCUUAAUGAUGUUUAAAUUCUGGGUACAAAAUCUUUGGUACAUAGUGGUUGAGCUGUCUCAGCUGGGGACGCAAUCCUGGGUAUACCAAGUAUAAUUUUGAUUGGUCCAUUAUAGUAUAGAUACAAACUGAACUAAUAAUUCAACGAGGGAGUGCCCAACUGGCCAACCGAUUUGUCAUUUGUCGUCGCUUGAUUCGGUCUGUUAGGCUUGACACUGAAAACGACAUGGACAAAAAAAGCUAACACGAGGAUCAUGAGAUGCGCCAUGCGGGCAAUGCAUCCGGCCGGCCGGGUCAUGUUGCAAUGUGGCUGCUGGUUGACUUGACUGACCAAGGAAGAUCAGCAAUUCAGGAUGCGUCAGCACUCGGCAAAGACUUGGUAAGAAAGAAUUUGACACUUUCAAUGCGUUGUUGCCGGUUAUAGAAUCUCUUGGUGAAGUCAAUACAUAAUUAAGGUCUUGUUUAGUUCCGAAAAGAUUUCGGAUUU